AGUAGAGUAGUACUGCUCCCUGCAGCUAUGGUCCAUGUCUAUGCAUCUCUCUCGUCUCCCCACUUCGGCCACCCAAUAAAUGCACGCAUCCUUCUAUUCCUCCACCGACGCUAAUUUAUUUAGAGAGAGAGAGAGAGAGAGAGAGGGUGAGCGGUAAAUCUUGCAGGGAUCUGACGCCGAUAACGCCGGGAAACAUGUUUUCCGGCAGGUACAUGGCUUACUCCCCCUCCCCCUCCGCCCCUCUCUCUCCUCACCUCGUCGGUCUCCGCUCCGCCACCACCGCCUUCAUUGAGCAAGAGAAGUAUCUCUCUGAGUUACUUGCAGAGCGUAACAAACUUAGUCCAUUUGUGCCAGUUCUUCCUCAUAGUUAUCGGUUGUUGAAUCAGGAAAUAUUGCGUGUAACCACACUGUUGGGGAAUGCAUCAGUUUUAGAUCAAAGUGGGCUUGAACAUGCUAGCCCUCUGGCUUCAGGAGGAAUAUUUUCGAACGGAGGAGCCAAUGUGAACAGACGGGCAUCGCCGUUUCAUUCAGAACAGAUGUCAGGUUUGCAGCCUUCAUCUGCGCAAAGCUGGAUAGGUUCUCAAGGUAGCUCGUCUGGUCUUAUAGCGAAGAGAACAAUCAGGGUGGAUAUUCCUGUUGAUCAAUAUCCUAAUUACAAUUUUGUUGGUCGCCUCCUUGGUCCUAGAGGGAACUCCCUCAAGAGAGUGGAGGCAAGUACUGAGUGCCGCGUUCUAAUCAGAGGACGUGGCAGCAUCAAGGAUCCUGCUAAGGAAGAGAUGAUGAGGGGGAAACCAGGCUAUGAGCACUUGAACGAGCCACUACACAUUCUUGUUGAGGCUGAAUUGCCUGUUGAGAUGGUUGAUGCUCGUUUAAUGCAAGCACGUGAAAUACUUGAGGAUCUGCUCAAGCCCAUGGAUGAAUCUCAGGAUUUCUACAAGAAACAGCAGCUAAGAGAGCUUGCGCUAAUCAAUGGUACACUUCGUGAUGAAGAUUCUCAAAUGUCUGGUUCCGUGUCCCCCUUCCACAAUAAUCUUGGUAUGAAGAGGGCCAAGACUAGGGUGUGAUGCAUUGGAAACCUUCAUUAGUUCGAUGUUGGAGCUUGCUUUUUAGUCUCUUCCAUUGAACAGCACAUACCAGGCUUAUGGGUAUUGCUGGUCCGGCCAAAGCCUCCAACUGCCUUCGGGGCACUGGCACCUUUAUAUGCCAGUUAGAACUUGUUUCUACCUAAAUAUUAUGAAGUGUGCGUAUGUUCUUGUUGUAUCGGAGGCAGGUCCAAUAUAUUGCUGUAAGGGCCUGUCUGAAUCUAGAGUGUGGUUAUAACAUUAUCUAUCCAAGGUUGUCCUUGUGGUAUUGGGUUUGUAGUAAGCUUGUGAUGGCAAUUUUGAUAUGGUGGAGUGUAUUCUGUGAGAACAAAGACGUCCUUUGUUUCAAGAAAAAGGGGAGUCGUGAUCCACCCCGGUACCUGUGUCUGGGUGGAGUAUUUUGUAUAUUGAGAUGGAGAUGGUAUGAAAUAUGUGAAGGUAUUCUUUUUGCCCUGAUC